AUGAAAGACGCACCUAGUGCGCUCCUUUCGCCUUACAAGAUUUCUCGCGAGCGCGAGAUAGAUUUGGACGAGGAGCCGGCGGCCAAACGCACGAAGGUUAAACACGAGAACAGUACUAUAGAUUUAAAGCUGUUCGAGUUCCCUACCCCCUCCGCCGAGACUUCGGGACCCGUUGCCGCACCCAGGAAGUCCACUGUCAGCAAAAUAUAG